CUAUCUAUAUUUUAAUAUAUGAUAUUUAUUUAAACUUUUUGAAAUACUCAAGCAAGUACAUUCCGAAAUGUUUAGAAGUAAUAAUGAGCAGUAUUGCAUAGUCCCAAAGAAAACAGAAAUUUUAAAUAGUAUUUGCGACUUUCUAAGACAUUUUACACGUCUAUCGGACAAGUUCUUAUUAUUAUAUUUUUAUUCAAAGUAUAAACCAUAUGGAGUAGAUCAUUUGGAAGCUAUACAAGUGUGCUAUAAGUUUGUUCUCGAACAUAAAGAUAAAUUAACUGAAGAAAAACAGAUAGAACGAGUAACAGACGUUGUACGCAAGUAUGCCAUUUUGAAAACAGAACACAUCUUGCACGUUAAUGGGUUCACAGAAAAAAACUUUCUAUCCACAGCUAACAACCCACUCAAUCUUAUAAGUGAACUAUAUCGAUCUGAGCGUAUAUUGAGUAAAAACUUAUCUAAGGUUAUAAGCGUUGCAAAUGAAAUAGCGAAAUUGCACUCAAUCAAUUUGGAAGUGAUUCAAUGUCAAUUGUUAGAAGAAUGGCUCAGUUUCGGAAAUUACAGUGAAGUCUAUUUGGACUGUGUAACAAUACAACUUACGGACCCACAAAUACCGGAGAAUGUUUUAGUCGUAUUCAAGCAUCGAGCAGAAGAAAAUAUUUUGAAAGGAAAAUGUAUCCUAAAUACUUGGAAUGCAAUAAGAGCCAUGCAGUUUCUAGGAACAAAGAUAUUCCCAGAAUACAGGAACAUAAACAGUAAAUUUCUCUUAUACAUCUAUAAGAAAUUAACAGUUAUCAACGAACUUUCUGUACCGACGGUCUAUAGCUCCUAUAUGGGAAACAAAUUUAUUUAUGAUCUAAAACAAUUCAUUCAUAAUAAUAUGGUGGAAAGAUUUCCAUUCGUAAAGAAAAUUAUGUUACUUAAGAUGUUACUGUGGCAAAAACUUCACAACCCAAAGACUUUAAAAUAUAUUUCCACCCUCUGUUUAAGUAUGGGCCUGCAUUCGGCAAAGCUUUGGAAUUGGUUACUUAUGAGAAUGAUAGAUCAUAAUAUGAUAACUGAACUUAAUUUGCUAACAGAAAUUUUAUCACUUAAACCAGAACUGUUAAAUUCGAAAGGUUUAUAUGCUGCUUGGGACUAUAUAUUGGAACAUCCAUUUAAAACAGCUCAACAAAGGUACCCAAUUAGACAAGAUAAAAAAUUGUCAGACACCGUACAACGAAUAAAGAAUUGUCCAAUUGUGAAACAGCUGGAUCUAGUUAAGUUUCUUCAGCAUUGUAUACGAUUGGAACGACCUCGUAUCGCCAGAAUUUUGGUGAAGUUGUGUAAAAUAUAUGAACAAAAAGGAGUGACUACAGAGAUGUUGAAAGCAUGCAAAAUACUAUAACAAUUAGCGGUGAUAUUUAAACUACAAGAGAAGUCAAAUAUAUUCAUCUUAAAGAAACUGAUAUGAUACAAUAUAUUUAUUAUUUAAAAGUUAAA